AUGACAGUAUUGAAGCUAACCGAGAACAUGCGAUUAAAAUUGCCUCAUUCGGAAGCAUCAACAAGGUUAGCAAUCUCAAAUUUUAGCAAAUGGCUUUUGGAAAUUGGUCGCAGUGAUCCAAUUCCUGAUAUUGUUGCUGAAAUAUAUGGUCAGUUACUCUCCACUGAAAAUAUGUCAACCUAUUUGGUUGAGCGUGCUAUCUUAGCCCCUCAUAAUGACACUGUUGCGGCGAUUAACAAUUAUGUAUUGGGUCUAUUUCCUGGUGAAGAAGUUUCUUAUUUUAGUUCGGAUUCACUAGAGAUUGAUGCCAAGAAUCAGCAUGUUGAAGAAGGGGACUAUACAGUUGAAUUCUUGAACUCUUUAAAGAUUGGGAAUUUUCCCAAACAUGAGUUGAAAUUGAAGUUGGGGUGCCCUGUUAUUCUACUUCGAAAUCUUGAUCAGAGUACUGGGCUUUGCAAUGGAACUCGGAUGAUCGUUAAGAGAUUAGGUAAGUGGUUUGUUGAGGUCCAAAUUUUGACCGGGACACAUGUUGGUGAUACAGUUUUCUUACCACGCCUGCAAUAUCCAAUUGCACUAUCAUAUGCAAUGACAAUUAACAAGAGUCAAGGUCAAACAUUAAAUCAUGUUGGCAUCUGCUUGCAAAGACAAGUAUUUUCUCAUGGACAGUUGUAUGUUGCAAUGUCUCGAGUUACGUCGGAAAGGGGACUCAAAAUUCUUUGUUGUGACUCUCAAGGUAAACCGGUGAAGACUAUGCAGAACAUUGUGUUCACUGAGAUUUUUGAGUAG